AUGGAGGAGCUUAAAGAGGAGCUCUUGAAUAUUCUUGAAAACUUAAAAGAAGAUGACUUCAAGAAGUUCAAGUGGUUCCUGGAGCUGGAUGACACCGUGGAGGGCUUUAAAGGCAUCCCAGUGUCUCAGCUGGAGAAUGCAGCAAAGCGGAAGACAGUAGAUCUGAUGGUGCAGAAACAUGGGGGUAUUGGAGCUCUGCAGCGAACCAAGAAGAUUUUAAAGAAGAUGAAGAAGAAUGAUCUGGUGGAGGAUUUACAAUCAGGACCAAAAGGGUCUCAUAUCUGUGAUUUAUCACCAUUCACAGCUGAUGUGGCCCUGAAGGAGCAGUGGUCAACCACACUCAUCCCAACAACAACAACCUUCUGUAAGGAGAAACAGGAUGAGGACAGGGUUUACGCCGUGACCAAAAAGUCCAUCAUGAGUCGUGUGGCUCUGCUCAUCACUAACAUAAAGUUUGACAAUGAGAAGCAUAACAGAAGAGGUGCAGACAUAGAUGAGCAGAACAUGAAGGAACUGCUCGAAGCGCUGAAAUAUGAGGUUGUGAAAUACACAAACCUCACUGGAAAGGGGAUCGAAGAAGCUGUAAAGAAGUUCUCCAAACAUCCAAAACUGGAACACACAGACAGUGUGUUUGUGGUUAUCAUGUCUCAUGGGGAAAAGACAGCUGUCCAUGGUGUCAACUUUGAUAAGAAUAAAGAGGACAAAGAACAGGACAAGUUCCUCAUUGAUGACAUUUUCACACACUUGAACACAUUGAAUUGUCCAAAGCUGCUGAACAAACCUAAGAUCAUCAUCAUCCAGGCCUGCAGUGGAGGCAAGAAGGGAGGUGUGCUUGUUAGUAAUAAUCCAUCCAUCCAUCCAACUGUGGAAACUGAUAAUAUACAAGAGCUACACCCAUCACCGCGUGAUGGUGAGGAAGUCACUCGGGCUGAUCGUUUGGGUCUUGCACACAGAGAAGAAUCCUUCAUGUGUUUUCGCUCUUCCACUCCUGAUACUGUCUCAUAUAGACGUUCAGACACUGGGUCUUUUUUUAUCCAGUUUAUCGUUGACGCACUGAACACCUUCGCACAUGUGGAUCACAUUGACGAACUUUUCGGAAGAGUCAUGCGCCGCUUUAAGAAGUUUUCAGUUCCGACCAAGACAGGAGAUGACACACAGAUGCCAACCAAAGACCGAGGAUGUGACGAUCAGUGUGAGGAACAUUACUUUCAAAAUGCCACAGGUUCUCAGCUCCGAGGCUCCUCUCCAGUAAUUAGUGCCACGGGUUCUCAGCUCCGAGGCUCCUCUCCAGUAAUUAGUGCCACAGGUUCUCAGCUCCGAGGCUCCUCUCCAGUAAUUAGUGCCACAGGUUCUCAGCUCCGAGGCUCCUCUCCAGUAAUUAGUGCCACGGGUUCUCAGCUCCGAGGCUCCUCUCCAGUAAUUAGUGCCACGGGUUCUCAGCUCCGAGGCUCCUCUCCAGUAAUUAGUGCCACGGGUUCUCAGCUCCGAGGCGCUCCUCUCCAGUAA